AUGGACAUAAGUAUUGCUGAGUAGAACUUUGUCUUAAUAUAUCCAAUUUGAAAAUUUGAAUUAUAUUUUAAUAAAAGGUUUUUUUUACUUUAAAAAUAUGUUUGAAGUAAACAAUACUGCAGUUGUAAUAUCAGCUAUUCUAUUCAUUAUAAGUGUUUUAUACAUUUAUUCAAGAUAUAAACUUUCUUACUGGCAAAGGUGUGGUGUAAAAUCACUCCCAACUAACUUAGUGUUUGGAAACUUCAAAGAUACUUUUACUUUUCGAAAACCACCUGGUCAAGUUAUUCAAGAAAUAUAUGAUGCAGCAAAUAAUAAUGAUCCAUAUGUUGGUUUUUAUGUAUUUCAUCAACCAAAACUACUCCUUCGAGACUUUAAUUUAAUGAAACAGCUAAUGAUUAAAGAUUUUGAUGUAUUUCCAAAUCGUUGUUUUGGUGGAGAAACUGAAAAAGAUUCAAUUAGACUAAUCAAUCUUCUGGGAAUUCAUCAACCUCGAUGGAAAUAUUUACGACAAAAGCUUACUCCAAGUGUUACUGGACUCAAGUUACGCCGAAUGGUUCCAUUGAUAGAGGAAUGUGGAGUUCCUCUAUUGAAAUAUAUUGAAAAUUCAAAAGCUGGAUUGGAUGGAUGGAAAAAACUUGAAUUAAAAAGUAUUUCUAGCAAGUACUCAACAGAUGUCAUAGCUUCUUUAGCAUUUGGAAUAACAACCAAUUCAUUUGAUCAAGACAGUAUUACUUUCUGGGAAGCUGGUCAAAAAAUUUUGUCAGGAGCCAAAAGAGGAAUAAUAUUGAUAAUUCUAUUCUUUUUGCCUGGCUUGAUCAAAUUCAUUGAAAAUUACAUGGUAGAACCAGCCAAAUAUUUUAGAACUAUUUUUUGGGACUCCAUGAAUACUCGUGAAAAAAAUGGCAUUAAACGAAAUGAUUUAGUUGAUCAUUUCAUCAAUUUAAAAAAUCAAGAACAAAUGCCUGAUUACAAAUUUGAAGGUGACAAUUUGUUAGCCCAAGCAGUAUCAUUUUAUGUAGCAGGCUUUGAAGCAACUUCUACAGCAAUUGCUUUUAGUUUAUAUGAAUUAUCUCAUCAUCCUGAAUAUGAAGAAUGUUUGUAUCAAGAAAUAAAAAAUCAUGUGAGAGGUAAACAAUUAAGUGUAGACUUAAUAAAAGAGAUGACCUUUUUAGAUCAAGUAGUUAAUGAAGCACUAAGACUCUAUCCACCACUUCCCAUUGUGGAUAGAGUUGCUGUAAGAGAUUACAAAUUACCAAGUAGUGACGUUAUAAUUAAAAAAGGAACGCCUGUAUAUAUUUCUUUGAAUGGUACAAAUCGAGAUCCCAAGUAUUUCGAUAGGCCAAACGAAUUCAUCCCUACGAGAACAUAUUCUGAAACAGAAGAUUUGCCUAGCUCGUCUUUCGCUUUUGGUCUAGGUCCUCGUUCAUGUAUUGGACAGAGGCUUGGACUAAUCAUAACAAAAAUGGCUCUUAUUAUGAUAUUAAAAGAGUAUGCGCUUUCGAACGAAAGAAAAGAGAAAACUGUGUUAAAGCCUAUAACCAUCUUCACAGCUGCAGCAGACGGUGUUUAUGUAAAACUAAAAAAGAGACAGUGAUUGGAU